AUGCCAGCGAUCCUUGUGGCCUCAAGCAUGAAGUCAGGACUCCCCAAACCGGUACACAGCGCACUGCCCAUCCCGCAAGUCCCCAGCAGGCAAUCAGCUCUCACUCAGUCCGCUGUGCCACUGAAGACUCAAAUUCCAUCUCUGAACCAGCAGUUGACCUCGGGACGUCCACGAGGCCCAGCAACAGUCUCAGAGAUCAGAAGAAAUGCUCAGAUCUACACAGACUGGGCCAACCAUUACCUUGCCAAGUCAGGACACAAGCGUCUGAUCAAGGACCUUCAGACAGAUGUUGCAGAUGGAGUGCUGCUUGCUGAGAUCAUACAGGUCGUAGCCAAUGAGAAGAUAGAUGACAUCAAUGGCUGCCCCAAGAGCCGCUCUCAGAUGAUUGAAAACAUUGACGCCUGCCUCAGUUUCCUGGCAGCCAAAGGAGUCAACACUCAGGGAUUGUCUGCUGAGGAGAUUCGAAAUGGCAAUCUAAAAGCCAUCCUUGGCCUCUUCUUCAGCUUGUCCCGGUUCAAACAGCAGCAGCAACAGCAGCAGCAGUCCCAGCGACACAACGCCCAGCCUGUCCUCCCCCCUACAACACAGCCUCGGAGCUCCCACCCUCCCCUGAGCCAGCAGAGCAGUGCCCCAGCUCAGCUGAGCCAGUCUACGCAUGGGACUCUUGCCCCAUCAACCCAGAAAGCAGCACAGGCCGAGAUGCAGUCCAGGAUUGGCUCUCAGAGUAAACUACUCAAGUUUUCCCUUGGUCAGAAAAAGACCUCUAGACUUCCUGGCCCCUCAGCGAGAGUGUCCACUGCGGGCGGUGACACCACUCCACGAGGCUUGGUCAGUGGUGCUGGAAAUAGACGCAGCCAGGCCUUCAGUGACAAGACCAAAGCCAGCACACAGCUAAACAAAGAUUCCUCGGAUGGCAUGGUCUCACAGCCUUCGCAGAUAACAAAUGACAAUGUCACUUUGUCUUCAGUGACAGUCAGCUCCUCUACCAGCAUCCCUGCCAACUCUGCCCCGCUUCUGCCCUCAUCCACGCAUUCCACUGCCAUUCCCCACCCCAACAGCAGCAGCAACAAGCCCUGGAGGAGCAAAUCCAUGAGCUCUAAACACGUCUCUCCAGGUCCCUCUUCCAUGAGCAGCCUCCCGUCUGCCAUGCAAUCAACAAAGCAGGAGAAAGAGACCUCCUCUAAGGUUACUUUAGGAUCCGAAGCUCCUCCUAAAGUUGUCACGCAAAAGUCAAUGCUAGAGAAGCUUAAGCUCUUUAAUAGUAAAGGAAGCUCUAAAUCCUCCCCCUCGUCCAAUGGACUAAGUGCCCAAAGUGACAAUGCUGCAACCAGCAUGCAGCAUGUAGCAGGGCAGGUGGAGAAAGCUGAGACUGGCUCAAACACUGACCCCCUUGAGGAAGAUGAUGGCAAUCUCCGCCCGGGAACGAAUGGAAACAGUAAUGGAGCUGUUCCCUCUGCAGGUACCAAUGUUGCCAAUACUGCCAGCAGCCCCAAAAUGGCCUUAAGAGGCAUCGCCCAGCGCACUUUUAGCAAAGCUCUGACUUCCAAAAAGAGCUCCGCCAAAGGCCCUGACAAAGACAAGGAGCGAGGAAAGGAAAAGGAAAAAGGAAAGGAAGCGAGCAAACGGCUCACCUUGCAGGAAAGGACAGAACUCAGAGGAGAGGAGCCAAAAGAAGAUAUAACACCUGUAGGUGGAGACAUUGAUAGCUCAAACAAAAAGACCUCAAAAAUUGCCAGUUUCAUUCCCAAAGGGGGCAAAGUUGCCAAAAAGGAGAACUCCACCUCUGCACACAGCGGAAUACCAAAGCCAGGAGGUAAAAUUCCAGGAAUUGGGGCUAAAGCCUCUUCGAUAGGGACGAAGGACUCUGGGGAGAGACCACGGAGCAUGAGGCUUGGCACUGGUCUCGCCAUGCACCGAGGUCAUUUGGAGAAGGACAGCAAAAGCACGACCUGCAGCCAGCAUGUUACAGAGGGCAAGACUGGCUCUGCCCCUGUGGCUGGAGGAAGCAACACACAGAGCACAGCCAGCAACACAGUCAGUGUGCAGCUACCUCAGACCCAACAGCACCACAGCCACCCCAAUAUGGCCACUGUGGCACCUUUCAUGUACAGAUCCCAAACUGAUGGCGAGGGAGUUGUGAGCAGCGAGUCCAGCUCAGUAGGAAGAGGUGGUGAUGUUACUCUCAAUAAGAACAACCAGCCCUCCAUCGAGGACCUUUCAGGUGAAGACCCAGAAACCAGGCGAUUGCGAACUGUUAAAAACAUUGCAGACCUGCGGCAGAACUUGGAGGAGACCAUGUCCAGCCUACGCGGAGCUCAGGUCACACACAGCACCCUCGAAACCACUUUUGAUGGCAAUGUCACGACAGACAUCAGCAGUGGCAGCAACAGCAGUGGAGGUGGGAGAAGUAUCUUAAGUCUGACCUCGACAAGGCCCUCUUUGUCAUCAUGGCGUUUGGGUCAGUCUAGCCCUCGUCUUCAAGCGGGUGACGCCCCUUCUACGGGGAAUGGAUACAGUGGCCGUGUGGCGGGUGGCCAAGCGGGACGCUACUUGUACCCGGGGCACCUCAGACGGCAGCUGGCUGGCAGGAGUGGCAGCCUCGGCAGCGGGGACCUUGGAGACAGACCUGGGGAAGACGUAGACCUCGAUGGGCUCGCCAUGGAGGUCACUGGAUACAUGAGUGAUGGUGAUGUUCUCACCAAGAAUGCGUCACGCACUGAUGAUGUCACAAGUGGCUACAUGACUGAUGGAGGUUUGGGUUUGUACACACGUCGCUUGAACCGGCUGCCUGACAGCAUGUCUGCUGUUCGAGAGACUUUGCAUCGUAAUGCAUCGACUGGCCAGGGAGAUGCUGACAGUUGGGAUGAUAGCAGCUCAGUGAGCAGCGGAAUCAGCGACAACAUUGACACUGAUGACAUCAACACCAGUUCGUCCAUCUCCUCCUAUGCCAACACACCUGCUGCACAGCGCAAGGGACUCAGCAAGCAGCCUGUGACAGAUGCCGAGAAGCAUUCAGUGUCCACAGUGGUGCACCAGGUCUGGUCAGGAGACGAGUUGAAAAAGCCAGACAGUGAGUCGGACGGCGGUGUCAAAAUGGAGCCAGGAUCCAAGUGGAGCCGUCGAAACCCCUCUGACAUUUCUGAUGAGUCAGACAAAGGCGGAUCAGCAAGAAAGACCCCCUCGGUGUCCCACACUGGGUCCUGGCGGAGAGGCAUGAGCACUCAGGUGGGGGUGACGCCCCCUCGGACCAAAAGCACCAGUAGCACAUGUUGCACAAGUUCUACUAAAACCCACAGUUCAGGUAAAACAGAUGAUGUCAAGGUUUCAGAGAAGGGACGUCUGUCUCCACGUUCUAACGGCCUUAACCGCUCACCUUCUGAUGCUGCAGAUGAAAACAAGACACAAUCGCUCACUAGCAGCCACACAUCGGCACCAACCUCUCUCACGCACACACUUUCAGAACCCCAGACACAUGCCUCCCGUACACCGACAAGCACAUUUGGCUUCAAGAAACAGGGCCAUGGCACAGCAACCAUGGUAACUGCCAGUGGGGCCACCAUUACCAGUGGCUCAGCUACUCUGGGGAAAGUUCCAAAAUCUGGCGUACGCUCACUGGUGGGAUUGAAGACAGGUGGGCAGGAUGGGGCGUUGCUGCUAGGCCACCAUGAUGAUGGCUUCCUCCCUGUUAGUGCCCGCUCCAGCCUUCAAUAUCGCAGCCUCCCGAGGCCCGGCCGCUCAGGGGCAGCUGCCCGUAAUGGAAACCGCUCGUCCACCAGCAGCAUUGAAGCCGCCGUGCUCUCGGUUACAUCAUAUGGGAAAAAUGCAAUCAGCAUCACCAAGCCUAAUGGUUCGGGAUGUCUCCUGGCAAAUCAGACCGAUCGAGAGAAAGGCGUCUCAGAAAUUGACAAUUUCAGGAGUGGAGGAUCAGCAACUGUUCCUCUUACUGGAAGACAACCGGUUUCAUCACCGACACUACGCAGAUUGUUUGGUGGCAAGACCAACAAACAGGCUCCAGUCACCACAGCAGACAACAUGAAGAACUCUACUAUUAUCUCCAACCCCCAUGCUACCAUGAAUCAUGUGACCGCGGUGGUUGAGUCCUCUGAUGGAGGGCCGGGAGGCGUGGACAAUGAUACCAUCAGCCCAAUGUUCGGGGGACGAGUGCCUGGGUCCGGCACAGGUACACUGGGCAGCGAACAGGCUUCCAGUCCAGGCUCAGUCUAUUCCUCCACUGGCCCCUCAAACAGUCUAACGUGGGGCACAACAUUCAGCAGCUCCUCUGCCCAGAGCAGGGAGAGCACACUGGGUGGGCAUGGCGGAACAGGCAGCAUGGGCUAUCCCUCUGUCAGCAGCAUGCACACUAGCAGUGAGUCCAUUGACAUGAGCCUGGGUAGCGCCGGGGGAGGAGGGGGCCACGGGACCCAUAGGGAGGACACCUCGUCUGCCUUGGGCCGCACCGGCAGCGUCAAGAUGUCGGAAAGCCCCCUUUCUUCCCCCUCCGCUAGCCCUAAAUUCAGCCGAAACACUCUGCCUAGGAAACAGGACAGUGGGCCACUCUGUGGUAGAAACACUCUACCUAAGAAGGGACUCAGGUAUGGCCCGCCCCCUCAGCUGCGAGGCCCCGAGGAGGGUCGCGACUGGCUGCGUUCCCACUCCACCAGUGGGCUGCAGGAAUCAGCCAGUAACUCCCCCUUUUCCCCUGGCUCCAGUCUCACUUCCCCCUCCGGCACGCGCUUCAAUUUUGGACAGCUUGCAUCAAGCCCGACUUCCACAGCUCAGAUCAACCUGACCGGCCCGCGUAACAACAGCUUGACCAACCAAGAUGUCAGCUUUGACUCUUGCAACGACAACCGCCUGAGAAACUCCUGCAUGUCCCUCGAUGAGAAGACUCGUACCAUGAGCCGAUCAGGUUCUUUCCGGGAUGGUUUCGAGGAAGUUCAUGGCUCAUCCCUCUCCCUGGUCUCCAGCACCUCCUCCAUGUACUCUACGAAUGAGGAAAAGUCCCAGUCAGAGAUUCGUAAGUUACGCCGUGAGCUCGAUGCCUCCCAGGAGAAAGUUUCUGCCUUAACAACACAGUUGAGCGCCAACGCUCACCUGGUAGCAGCUUUUGAGCAGAGUCUCGGCAACAUGACCAUCAGGCUGAAAAGCCUCACCUUGACUGCUGAGCAGAAGGACUCUGAGCUGAAUGAGCUGAGAAAGACUAUUGAGCUGCUGAAAAAGCAGAACGCUGUCGCACAGGCUGCAAUCAAUGGCGUCAUAAACACCCCUGAUCUCACGGCAAAAAUGGACAGGACAGGUAGUAGUAACGGUAGUCUUCACCAGCAGCAGCAUCAUCAACAGCAACACCAACCAGACCUGCGAAUUAGGAGGCAACACUCUUCAGACAGUGUCAGCAGUGUAGCCAGUGCGACCAGCCACUCCAGCGUGGGUUCCAACAUGGACGCAGACGCGAAAAAUAAGAAGAAAAACAAGAAGAAUUGGUUGCGAAGCUCUUUCAAGCAGGCGUUCAGCAAGAAGAAAUCUCCUAAAUCAGCAUCCUCCCACUCAGACAUCGAAGAAAUGACCGAUUCGUCGCUGCCUUCCUCCCCGAAACUGCCUCACAACGGCACCACUGCUACCAAUCACAUGCUCAGGAACACGCACUCCAACUCAUUAUUGUCAGAGUGUUUGGACAGUGAGGCGGAGACAGUGAUGCAAUUGCGGAGCGAGCUCAGGGAGAAGGAGAUGAAACUAACUGAUAUCCGUUUGGAAGCUCUCAGCUCAGCCCAUCAGCUCGACCAGUUACGAGAAGCCAUGAACCGCAUGCAGCUUGAAAUCGAGAAGCUGAAAGCAGAGAAUGACCGCUUGAAGCUGGAGAAUCAAGGGAGUAGGGCAGGAUCCCAAGGCUCCAUCUCCUCCUCGACCCCCCAAACGCAUAGCCAGGCCCCUGCAUCCAGUGUGGGGAUCUCACAGCACAGUCUAAAUCUAGCCACCAGUGAGUCCACCAGUUUAGACAUGCUGUUGGAUGACAUAGGUGGAGAGGGCAGUUCAAGAAAGGAGGGUCGUCACGUAAAGAUUGUCGUCAGCCUCGAUGAGGGCUUGUGGGGGCAGGAGGCUCGGUCACCUAACUUUCUGAUUGGGUGCAUUGGUGUCAGUGGUAAAACCAAAUGGGAUGUUUUGGAUGGAGUAGUCCGCCGCCUCUUCAAAGAGUAUAUAACUCAUGUGGACCCAGCCAGCCAGCUGGGCCUGAGCUCAGACAGCGUGGAGGGAUACAACAUUGGAGACAUCCACCGGCCUCGGAGCCCCAGCGCUGCCCACACCCCUGAGCUUCUACCUUGUGGCUAUCUUGUGGGAGAUAGCAACACCAUUAACAUCCAGCUCAAAGGUGUGAGCAGCGACAGUGUGGAUUCGCUGGUGUUUGACACCCUUAUCCCAAAGCCAAUGCUUCAGCGCUACGUCUCCCUGCUGAAAGAGCAUCGGCGGGUCAUCCUAUCAGGGCCCAGCGGCACAGGAAAGACAUAUUUGGCCAACCAGCUGUCUCGAUACUUGCUGCUUCUAGAGGGCCGACCUCUAAAUCCUCAUGCUAUCGUCACUUUUAAUGUGGACCACAAAUCCAGCAAGGAACUUCGACAGUAUCUGUCAGGAUUGGCUGAACAGUGUAGCACGGUGGUUGGCGUGGAAAGCCCCCUAGUGGUCAUCCUUGAUAACCUGCACCAUGUCAGCUCGCUGGCCGAGAUCUUCAAUGGUGUAUUCAAUAGCAGCCACGAGACCAGCCCGUACAUCAUCGGCACCAUGAGUCAGGCGACGUCAUCAGCACCCAAUUUGCAGCUUCACCACAACUUCAGGUGGGUGCUGUGCGCCAACCACACAGAGCCAGUUAAAGGCUUCUUGGGUCGCUUCCUACGGAGGAAGCUGAUGGAAAUGGAAAUCGGCAGUCGAACGCGCAAUGCAGAACUGGUGAAGAUCAUAGAUUGGAUCCCGAGGGUGUGGCACCACCUCAACCGCUUCCUAGAGACGCACAGCUCUUCAGAUGUGACCAUUGGUCCUCGUCUCUUUCUAUCGUGCCCUAUCGAUGUGGAGGGAUCCAGGGUUUGGUUCACGGAUCUCUGGAAUUAUUCCAUUAUUCCCUACAUGCUUGAGGCUGUUCGAGAGGGAUUGCAGUUGUAUGGUCGCAGAGCGGCGUGGGAAGAUCCCGCUGCCUGGGUUAUUGACACCUAUCCAUGGUCGGCUCCGGCUGCUCCGGCCGAUUGGCCCCCAUUGCUGCAGCUGCGCCCAGAAGACGUGGGAUUUGAUGGCUAUUCCGCCCCAAGAGAAGGCAUCCGGAAAGAGCCGCCUCAAAGCGACAGUGAUGCGGACCCACUGAUGAACAUGCUGAUGCGCUUGAAGGAAGCAGCAACGUCGUCGAGCCCUCAGAGCUACGACAGUGACUCGAACAGCAACAGCCACCAGGAUGACAUCCUAGACACCUCACUGGAGUCCACGCUGUGA